CACUGGGUCCAGCAGCAGCACGAGAAACGGCGCAAGAAGCGCGAUUACUCGGACCCAAACUUCCCCGCUUUUGGAGACUACCCUUCCUUCUUCGGGGCAGGUGCCACCGGCCCGCAAGAAGAGCAGCACCAGCCGCAAUACCGCGGCAUUGGCCCCCAUAAUGUGUUUCCGGAUCCGCUCUUCAAGGAAGAGUGGUACCUGAAUGGCGGCGCCAAGGACGGCUUCGACAUGAAUGUGGCGCCGGCUUGGCAGAAAGGAUACACGGGGAAGGGCGUCGUGGUGUCCAUCCUUGACGACGGCAUCCAGACCAACCACCCGGACCUCGCUCUCAACUAUGACCAGCACGCCAGUACUGACAUCAAUGACAAUGAUGAUGACCCCAUGCCGCGCGACAACGGGGACAACAAGCACGGAACCCGAUGUGCAGGCGAGGUGGCAGCCGUCGCUUUCAACAGUUACUGCGGCGUCGGAGUCGCCUACAAUGCCAGUAUAGGAGGUGUCCGCAUGUUGGACGGUACAGUGAAUGAUGCUGUGGAAGCCAGAGCCCUCGGUCUGAACCCAGAACAUAUUGAUAUCUAUAGCGCUUCAUGGGGACCUGAGGAUGAUGGCAAGACUGUUGACGGGCCAGGACCUCUAGCCCGAAGAGCAUUCAUCUAUGGAGUCACUAGCGGCCGUAAAGGAAAGGGCUCAAUAUUUGUGUGGGCAUCUGGCAAUGGUGGACGGCACACGGAUUCCUGUAAUUGUGAUGGUUACACUAACAGCAUCUUUACUCUGUCCAUAUCCAGUGCCACGCAGGGAGGAUACAAACCCUGGUACCUGGAGGAAUGCUCCUCAACUCUGGCCACCACAUACAGUUCUGGCACUCCUGGACAUGAUAAGAGUGUUGCCACUGUGGAUAUGGAUGGCAAGCUGCGGCCAGAUCACAUCUGUACUGUUGAGCAUACAGGUACAUCUGCAUCAGCACCUCUGGCAGCUGGGAUUUCAGCCCUGGCUCUGGAAGCAAAUUCAGGACUGACAUGGCGAGAUAUGCAGUAUCUGGUUGUUCUGUCAUCUCGUUCUACUCCACUAGAGAAAGAGGCAGGAUGGGUUCUAAAUGGUGUCAAACGGAAAGUGAGUCACAAGUUUGGGUACGGCCUAAUGGAUGCAGGUGCAAUGGUCAGCCUAGCAGAACAGUGGACAAAUGUCCCACCACAACAUAUAUGCAAGUCUCAAGAAAUAAAUGAAGAACGGCAAAUAGAUCCUGCCUAUGGGUCCACACUUCAAGUUCACAUGGAUGUCAAUGGCUGUAGUGAUACCUUAAAUGAAGUACGUUUCCUUGAACAUGUUCAGUGUAAGAUCUCACUGCGUUUCUUCCCACGUGGCAAUCUGCGCAUUCUUCUAACAUCUCCAAUGGGCACCACAUCAGUUUUGCUCUUUGAACGGCCAAGAGAUGUUGUUAGUUCAAAUAUUGAUGAUUGGCCAUUCCUCAGUGUUCAUUACUGGGGCGAGAAAGCUGAGGGAAGAUGGACACUUCAGAUUGUAAAUGCUGGAAAUCGACAUGUGAACCAGCCAGGUAUUCUAAAGAAGUGGCAGUUGAUAUUCUAUGGCACAGCAACAAAUCCAAUCCGCUUACGGCCUUCUAGUUCCUCAUCAGGACUCUCAGGACUGCCUCAGCAGACUGCUUCACAAAAUCCCUUUGUCUUUCCUAAUUCCCAGUCGCCAUCUGCUUCUCCUACAUUGGAUUCAAAUGCUUACUACAGUGGCAGUUCCUUCAAUCCCAGCUUUCAGAACUUCCCAAAUAUAUACAGCAUAUCAGGAAGUGACCCUGAAGCAUCGGUGUCCACACUGAACGAUGCUGCAAAUAAAGAUCGCUCUCUUCAAGAGAAUCUUCUGGGGACAGGAGUUGACAGCAGCAAGAAAGUCCUUCAUAACUGUGAUCCUGAAUGUGACUCACAGGGAUGCUAUGGCAAGGGCCCUACCCAAUGCAUUGCCUGCAAACACUAUAAGCUGGACAACACGUGUGUGAGUCGGUGUCCACCUCGCAGCUUCCCGAACCAGGGUGGCGUGUGCUGGCCAUGCCAUGAUUCUUGUGAAACCUGCGCUGGUGCAGGCCAGGACAGUUGUCUCACAUGUGCCCCUGCACAUCUGCUUGUAACCGAUCUUGCCGUCUGCCUGCAACAGUGCCCUGAAGGAUAUUAUGAAAAUUAUGACCAGAAUACAUGUGUACCAUGUGAACCAAACUGUGCCAGCUGUCAGGAACGACCAGACCAUUGCACCAGUUGUGACCAUCAUCUUGUUCUUCAUGAUAACAAGUGUUAUGCAGCAUGUCCCAUGUAUACCUAUGAGACAGAAGAUUAUGGUUGUUCAUCAUGUCACUCAUCAUGUGAGACUUGCAAUGGGUCCAGUGAGACACAGUGCAUCACGUGUCGGCCAGGCCGCUAUGCUCUGUCAGGAACAUGUUCAAAUGUUUGUCCUGAUGGAUAUUAUGCUGACAAGAAGCGGCGUGAGUGCCUGAAGUGUCCUGUAGGAUGCGCCACCUGCAACAGCAUUGUCUGCUUGGCUUGCACUGAAGACUGGGUACUUAACAAGAAGGGAAGAUGUGUUCCUGAAGGCAGCAAACACUGUGACUCAGCGGAAUUCUAUGAGAAUGGGCGAUGUCGGCCAUGCCACUCAACAUGUGAGACGUGUGAUGCUGCUACAGAGACAGGGUGCCUUACCUGUCCAUCACCACUUGUUCUACAUAAUUCACAGUGCCUGGCUGUGUGCCUUGAUGGGUCAUACAUGGAGCAGGGUGUGUGCACUCCUUGCCUGCACACCUGUCACCGCUGUGUGUCCCGCAUCAACUGCACAGCAUGUACUCCAGGCCUUCAUCUGCAGAGUGGCGAGUGUCGAGCCACUUGCGCUGCAGGGUACUACAGUGACCGUGGUGUGUGUUCCAAAUGCUACCUGAGCUGCAUGACAUGUAGCGGGCCACGACGGGACCAGUGUGUCACAUGUCCUGGGGGGUGGCAGUUAGCUGCAGGAGAGUGUCAUCCUGAAUGUCCUGAAGGAUUUUUCAAGUCAGAUUAUGGUUGCCAAAAAUGUCACCACUAUUGUCGUACCUGCAAUGGUGAGGGUCCCCUGCAGUGCACAUCGUGCCCGCCCCACUCAAUGCUGGAUGGUGGUCUGUGUGUGGAGUGUCUAGGGUCACAAUACUAUGACCCCCCAACGCAGCUCUGCAAGUCAUGCCAUAAGAGCUGCCGUUCAUGCAGUGGCCCUGGUCCAUUCAGCUGCCUGGCAUGUGUAUUGCCCCUACACCUGGACCGACUAAACAACCAGUGUGUCCCAUGUUGCAUUUCGCCCAAUCAGCAGGAUUGCUGUCAUUGUGACAAGACUACAGGAGAAUGUCAAAAUUCAUCGCCAGCUGGGAAACGCAGGAUUGCUGCAGGAGCAGAACAGGGUGGUGAAAGCAAUAUGGCUGCAAUUCGUGGAGGUACAGCAACUGACUUUCAUGUCCACCAGUACACACCAUUUACUACUCUCACUGCCAUGGCAGUAGCAGGCUGUGUUGCUGUUGUUUUGCUCUUUGGUAUCAUUUUUGCUGUGCUACAGAUGAAAUCUCAACCAUGGAGGAAGUCUUGGCACAAGGGAGAAGGUUAUGAGAAAUUAUCUACUCUCCAGUGUAAAGUUGACAUUGAUAAAGUGUCACUCACUCAGGAAGAAGAAUACACCGAGGAUGAUGAAGAUGAAGAUCAGCUGUUCACUAAGACAUAGACAUGGCACCAAUUUGGCACAACUUGGCAAAUGAUUGUUGACAUUAUAAACGAGCUAGGUGAGACACUUUUGAUAAGCAGUCUUUGUCCAUAGUAAAUUUGUAAUUUGUCAGCAGUGUGGGUGGGGAUGUGUGUUUCACUGUUUUGUACCAACUGGCUUCCCCCACAUUUAGUUAUGCUAAUGCCAGUGACAUUCAGUGGAUACACUUAUGGUGAUCAUGUUCACAUAUAGGAGAAAACACCACUGGAUUUUUAAAAUCAUUUAGUUUUCUCUUAUUGUGUCUGUGUCAUGCCAUUACACUACAAAAAUACCAUGAAAAUAAAAAUUAUAUUAAUAAAAGGGAAAAACAUAAGAACUUUCAUACAAAAACAUAGACCACAAUCAAUAGUUGGUGCUACCGUGGAUGUCUAACAGUGCACACAAUGCUGAGAACAAGUCCCAUGACAAAGGCACCAUAUACAUGAGAAGGGACUCCCUUUUUAAGUGCCUGUAACUGAACUGAAUAAGUGAAGCAGCCAGUUGAUGGACAAAACAUCGGCCACUGCAAUUUUUGCUGUCCUGACUUCUUUGUUUUCUGGAGGAUGCAAGGGAACAUUAAUUAACACAAGAUUGUCUUUCAAGACAGGUCAGAUAUGAUGAAGUGAGAAUCAUAUCACUUCUUACAAUUCAAAAUCCUGCAACUCUUCUGCAUUUAGAGUUUCAAACAUGAAUUUCUGUGACAAAUUAUAAUUUAAAAAAAUAUUUGUAUCUUUUUCUUUUAGGUCUUUUAGUUAUGACUUUAAAGUAACUAUUUUAAUUAUGAAUACCUUAUUUACAUUUUAUCUUUACUUCAGUAACAAGUUGUAACAUUAUGUUCUAAAUCACUCUCAGUACUGUUUAAAAUGCCAUAAGUAUCAACUUUCUUUUACAAUAGAAAAGCGAAAAGAGGAUAUGAUACUGUAAAAACAAUUUUAAUUAACAGUUUUCAUAACACGUAUAGUCUGUGUGAAUGAAUUUGCAUCUUUUUGCAAAAGAAAUUGAAAUAUCCAUCAACUGAUUACUUGUGAUAUAUUGUGGAUUUAGCAAGAAAUAUACAUUACAUGUAUAUGUUGGUGAAGCUUUUGUGAGUGAUUGGUUUCUCUUAGCAUUUACUGUGUAGAAGAAUUGUUCUUAAAUUAUUGUUUUAAGAAGCAGCUGUGUGAUAAAGACAGCCUAGUUCUACUGUACUUGCUGCAUCAGGUUGGACGUGGAAACUGCAGAACAUGGACAUUGUUACAGUGGAAAUUGGCAUGGUGCUGAGAUUUCGUGGCCCAUUCUUUAUUAAUAUAAGACUGACUAAAGAUGGUGUCAUUAGUGAACUUCCUGCAAGAACAUGACCGUGCUUUUCACCAAUUAAUACUAACAGUCAUCACUGCUCUUCAAAUGUUUUAAUGAAGAAUCAUAUCCUAUUAUAUCUAGAAUGUAUAUUUUACAUUGAAGUAUUAUUUGAAGCUAUCUGCAGACAAUAGCCAUGACUUUCCCACAGAAUCUUCCUCUACUGCAAAACCCUUAAUCUGUAAUGUGUGUUUGUUUAUAUGCUGACUUUCUUAAAUAUGUGGAACUUCAGAUUAUGUAUGACUGUAUUAAUUCUAGAUGGGGAAAAGCCUCUUAGAUUGAUGUAGUUGUGGCAGAAACACAAGUACAAAUGUUACCAGUAAAAGGAAUAUGGAAUAAUCAAGAAAAGGUUAUUUAUAUAUGGAAAUAUUUUUAGAAACCCAUCAAUAUGAUAAGGGAAGCUACAAGCACUCAAGUAUAUAAAAGUUUUGAGGUUUUCGCAGUGGUGAGUGUCAAGUUGAGGUCCACUGGUUUGUGACACUGUGUAGUCUUGAAGGGGGGAUACCAAUGUUUCAGAGAAACAUGCUGCUUGAAUUUCCAAGAUUGAAGUUUAUAAGGUUAGGUACAUACAUAGGUUUCAAGGAAGAUGGUCACUCAGGUUAACAGGAGGGCCUUACAUGUAUUCUGCAUGUAUAACCAAACAGAUUCCUUGCCCUACAUACUUCAACUUUGAAGAUGGAGGUACCAUUUUCCUGUGAAACGUCUGUAUAUGCACACAAGACCACAUGGUGUUACAACCCAGAAGAUCACAAUCUGAACUUAUAUACAUAUUCUAAACAUUUGUUCCACAUGAAGGCCUAUUGAAGAUUGCAGGUUUUAUUACCUCCAGAUGACAGAGGACAAGCUGUAGACCUUUCUGAGUGCUUUUUACUGUUUCUGUGGCUUGAUACAUUGUGGAGGGACUGAUGCAUAAGCAGGACCUUUGUAAGAGAACUGUUCAGUAAUAUUUUAGAGUAUAUGUGGGUUGGUUCCGUAAAUUGCGUAAAUUUGGAUGACCCAGAAGUAGCAUUGAAUAUGUUUCUAAUAUUUCCUUCCAGUUUGCUCUAAAUGUUGCUUUUUUACCACCACCUUUACAGUAUAAUGUUUGUAAAAGGAAAUUCUGUAAAUUGUUUUGUAAGGCAAGCAUUAGCUCAAGAAGAGUUUUAUAUUUUGAGGUAUGAAGCCUACAGGCAUUAACUUCUUGUUGGUGUAAAAGAUUUAAAGCUGUUAUCAAUUGUAUUACCUUUUGCUUCAGUAUAUUCUGUUUAGAUUAAUGGUACUGUAGUCCUAAAGUUUGUGACUAUGGUAUAGUAUUGUCAUGAGAAAAUUUAUUUUGGACACUGUACAUUUUCUGAUCAAAAAGCAACACAUUUUCAAAGUAAAAGGAUGCCUUUUCUGUAAAGACUGAAACAGAACCAACAUCUGAAAUGUUCUGUCAUCAGUAUCAAUGUUGUUUAUUAUCACACCAUUUUUGUUUCAAAAUCUAAGUGAUGGUAGUUGAUAGAAAGGCUGCUGAUUGAGAACUGUGGAUGUAGGAAAAUUGUUAAGCCUAACACAAGGUAUCAGAUAUCAAAGCCUCACAAGUGUGAGUACUAAGUCUAUGGUCUUCUGGGAUAUAAUGUAAUGUUUUUUGAUAGAUAGGUACCAACAUUUUGGAUGAAUUUACUAUAUCCAUCUUCAGGGCUUCAGGCUGACACAUCCCAGAAGACUGAAAUCUAUUGCAAGGUAUUUCCUCAGAAUCCUAAAGUAAAAUUUGAUGCUUAGAUGCUCCAGAAGCUACCCCACAAUUUUGUGAUUCUGAUUUAUAUAGAAAAGAAUGAGUCUUCUGGUAAAAUGUAAGAAGACAUCAUUGCUGAUUUUCUUGUACCACUUUACAGAAUAAUGCCGAGAGGUGGCAAACUGGACCAUUCACUGAUGACUGUCAAUAAUACCAUGAACAGAAAUUAAUAGCUAUGGUAAGUCUUCAGUGAUUAUUCCAAUCAGUGAUCCUUGGAAGAAGUGUAAAGUACUUCAAAUUGAUUUGUAUUACAUUUUGGAAUUCUUUAUUCAUUCACAAUAAUUUAAAAUGUUUUAACUGAAAUAAGUGUAUAAAUGAGAUGUCUCUGAAUUUAUAAAAUAAAUGUCUUACAAAAUAAAAAAAUUAUAUUGUGAAUUUAAA